AUGUCUGCCACCGCAGGAAAGACCAUCACUUGCAAGGCUGCCGUCGCCUGGGAGGCCGGCAAGCCCCUGAGCAUCGAGGACGUCGAAGUCGCCCCGCCCAAGGCCCACGAGGUCCGCAUCGAAAUCUACUACACUGGUGUCUGCCACACAGGUGAGGAAACCCGCUCGCUAGCUGCCUGUGCUCCCGAAACCAUACCACGCAGACAGAACAAGAGAGAGGGAGAAACGGAGACCGAGACAGAGAAUGCUGACCCGCGACCUCGUCCAGAUGCCUACACCCUCUCCGGAAAGGACCCUGAGGGUGCCUUCCCCAUCGUCCUGGGCCACGAGGGCGCCGGAAUCGUCGAGUCCGUCGGCGAGGGCGUGACCAACGUGAAGCCCGGCGACCAUGUCGUCGCCCUCUACACCCCCGAGUGCCAGGAGUGCAAGUUCUGCAAGUCCGGCAAGACGAACCUCUGCGGCAAGAUCCGCGCCACUCAAGGCAAGGGUGUCAUGCCCGACGGCACCUCGCGCUUCAAGUGCAAGGGCAAGGACCUGCUGCACUUCAUGGGCACCUCCACCUUCUCCCAGUACACCGUCGUCGCCGACAUCUCCGUCGUCGCCGUCCAGCAGGACGCCCCCAUGGACCGCACCUGCCUGCUCGGCUGCGGUAUCACCACGGGCUACGGCGCCGCCAAGAUCACCGCCAACGUCCAGGAGGGCGACAACAUCGCCGUCUUCGGCGCCGGCUGCGUCGGCCUCUCCGUCGUCCAGGGCGCCGUCGUCAACAAGGCCGGCAAGAUCAUUGUCGUCGACGUGAACCCCAACAAGGAGGAGUGGGCGAGGAAAUUCGGCGCCACCGACUUUGUCAACCCCACCCAGCUCGGCGACCAGUCCGUUGUCGACAAGCUCAUCGAGCUGACGGAUGGUGGCUGCGACUUCACCUUCGACUGCACCGGUAACGUCAGCGUCAUGCGUGCUGCCCUCGAGGCCUGCCACAAGGGCUGGGGUCAGAGCAUCAUCAUCGGUGUCGCUGCUGCCGGCCAGGAGAUUGCCACCCGGCCAUUCCAGCUCGUCACCGGUCGCGUCUGGAAGGGUUGCGCCUUUGGCGGCGUCAAGGGCCGCUCCCAGUUGCCCGGCCUUGUGGCGGACUACCUCAAGGGCGAUCUCAAGGUGGACGAGUUCAUCACCCACAGGAAGACGCUGGGCGAGAUGAACAACGCGUUCGAGACCAUGAAGCAGGGCGACUGCAUCAGAGCCGUAGUCGACAUGCGCAAGUAA